AUGACCGACCUCGACCACGGAGAAUUCCUCACAGAGCAACCUCCAAUCCCCGAGGAAGAAUUCGUCGUCUUCGGCACCGUCCACGCCUACCCUGAACACGCAGAUGCUCUCGAAGCAGUUUACGCCGAAACAACAAGACUCGCCGAAUUUGAACCCGGCACGAUAUAUUACUGCCUUGCCAGAGAUGUCAAUGAUCCCAAUAUCUUCCAUUUCUAUGAGCGGUAUACGGGGAAGAAAGCCUUUGAUGAUCAUAAUUCCCAGCCGAUUAUUCAGAAGUUGGUGAAGGAUAAAUUAAUGAAAGGUGUUAAGGCGAAGUUUAUGAAAGCUAUUGCUCCGGCGUCUGUUUGA